ACGGGGCCCCGCGGCGGCCGAGGGCGGAGGGCAGCAUCGCCUCCUCGGGAGGUCGGGGCGCCGGGGUCGCCUGGACCUCAGAGCCCGCGGGGACAGCGGCCGCGCCGGCUCCUCCGCAACUUCGUGCCGCCGGCGGCUCUUGGAUUCCACAUAUAAAUGAUAUGUGAAAUGUUAGACUUUAGCCUGGACGAUUGAAGUUCCACCAGCUAAGGAGGUUUUUAUGUUCUUGUUCACUUUCUAAGGAACAGGAGGUGCCUCCUCUGUCUGUUCUGAGCUGCUCCUGCCCGUAGACGCGCGGGUCACGAGGGUCCCUGGUCUGUCGUGGCUUCUGUGUGUCUGUCCCACCUGCGAGCAGCUCCCCGGGGGGCCACCCAGGUGCGGCCGCCAGCACCAUGUUCUGCACGAAGCUGAAGGACCUGCAGAUCACGGGGGACUGCCCCUUCUCUCUGCUGGCGCCGGGACCCGCGGCCAAGGAGCCAGCGGAGGCGGCGGCGGCCGGAUGCUCGGAGGCCGGGACCGCAGCCCCGCGCGCGCUCAGGGACGUCCCCGAGGGGCGCGCGCGCGGGGGGCUUCCCCGCAGGAAGACCAGCCGCAGUCGCGUCUAUCUUCAGACUUUGGCCGAGAGCAUUUGCAAACUGAUUUUCCCGGAGUUUGAGCGGCUGAACCUUGCCCUCCAGAGAACACUGGCAAAACUCCAAAUACAGGAAAGCAGGAAAUCUUUGGAAAGAGAAGACUUUGAAAAAAUAAUUGGGGACCAAGCAAUUGCAGCAGGAGUUCCGGUGGAGAUCAUCAGAGAGUCCCUGGGUGAAGAGCUUUUUAAAAUAUGUUACGAGGAGGAUGAAUACAUCCUAGGUGUGGUCGGAGGAACCCUCAAAGAUUUCCUGAACAGCUUCAGCACGCUCCUGAAACAGAGCAGCCACUGCCAAGAAGCAGAGAAGCGGGGCGGGAUUGAGGACGGGUCCAUCCUCUGCCUGGAUAAGGACGAGGACUUCCUCAGUGUCUACUACUUCUUCCCCAAGAGAACCACGUCCCUGAUUCUGCCCGGCAUCAUUAAGGCGGCGGCCCACACGCUGUACGAGACCGAGGUGGAGGUGUCCUCCAUGCCCCCCUGCUUCCACGCGGAGGGCGGCGACGCCCUGCAGCAGCCCUGCCUGCUCUACUCCGUCCGCGUCACCAGCGCCAGGCCCGCCCCGUCGCCGGCCCCGGGCAAGCCGCCGUCCUCGCUGGUGAUCCCCGUGUCGCUCUUCUGCAAGACCUUCCCGUUCCACUUCAUGUUUGACAGAGACAUGGCGAUUCUGCAGUUCGGCAACGGCAUCCGGAGGCUGAUGAGCAGGAGGGACUUCCAGGCGAAGCCCCGCUUUGAGGAGUACUUCGAGAUCCUGACUCCCAAAAUCAGCCAGACGUUCAGCGGAAUCCUGACCAUGCUGAACAUGCAGUUCGUGGUGCGAGUGAGGCGGUGGGACAGCUCCGUGAAGAAGGCUUCCAGGGUCAUGGACCUCAAGGGCCAGAUGAUCUACGUGGUGGAGUCCAGCGCUGUCCUGUUCCUGGGGUCGCCCUGCGUGGACCGGCUGGAGGACUUCACGGGGCGCGGGCUCUACCUGUCGGACAUCCCGAUCCACAACGCGCUGAGGGACGUGGUCCUGAUCGGGGAGCAGGCGCGCGCGCAGGACGGCCUGAAGAAGCGGCUGGGCAAGCUGAAGGCCACGCUGGAGCAGGCGCACCAGGCGCUGGAGGAGGAGAAGAGGAAGACGGUGGACCUGCUCUGCUCCAUCUUCCCCGGCGAGGUGGCGCAGCAGCUGUGGCAGGGCCAGGUGGUGCAGGCCAAGAAGUUCAGCGACGUCACCAUGCUCUUCUCGGACAUCGUGGGCUUCACGGCCAUCUGCUCCCAGUGCUCGCCGCUGCAGGUCAUCACCAUGCUCAACGCGCUCUACACGCGCUUCGACCGGCAGUGCGGGGAGCUGGACGUCUACAAGGUGGAGACCAUUGGCGAUGCGUACUGUGUGGCUGGGGGGUUACACAAAGAAAGCGACACUCACGCCGUCCAGAUCGCGCUGAUGGCCCUGAAGAUGAUGGAGCUCUCUGACGAAGUCAUGUCGCCCCACGGGGAGCCCAUCAAGAUGCGAAUCGGACUGCAUUCCGGGUCAGUUUUUGCUGGAGUUGUUGGGGUUAAAAUGCCCCGUUACUGUCUCUUCGGGAACAAUGUCACCUUGGCGAACAAAUUCGAGUCGUGCAGUGUGCCGCGGAAAAUCAACGUGAGCCCCACCACCUACAGGCUACUCAAAGACUGUCCUGGUUUUGUGUUUACACCUCGAUCCAGGGAGGAACUUCCACCAAACUUCCCCAGUGAAAUUCCCGGAAUCUGUCAUUUUCUGGAAGCUUACCAACAAGGAACCAAUUCAAAACUGUGGUUUCAAAAGAGGGAUGUUGAAGACGGCAGUGCCAACUUUUUAGGCAAAGCCUCGGGGAUAGAUUAGCAAAACGCAUCCCCGACGGUCAGGCUUCGGGGUUUGACUCCUUGGAGCGUGCGUGGAACCUCUGAAAGCACUUUGCGCUUGCAGGGGCGGAGGGACUAAGCGACCAUCUACUUUUCCUUCCUCUUAAUGGGACAGAAAUACAUUCACUUCUGUACUUCAAGUCUUCAGCGAAAAAAAGAAAAAGAAAGAAACCUCGAACAGUGACUUUGGGAGGGGAGGUGUUUCUGUUACAUAACAAUCAGUUAUUACUUGUACUCAGAGUUCAGCGCCUGCACGUCAGGUGAUCGCAGGGACCGGGCAGCCUGCUGAGUGACCCGCAGUCGCGCCCGGGUGGGACACCACGGUUGUUAAGGUGUGCUUGUGAUAGUAUUGUCUUAAAACAGCAUUUUGAAUAGAAAUGAUAGUCUUCGAUACCUUAAGCUCUUUGAACCUGUCAACUCUGCAUUUUGUUACUUUUCCUCAUUUCACUGUUGGCAUAUAUAACAAAAUAGAUUGAGGGUUUUUUCUGCUGCACUUUUCUGUUUCAUUUUCUCUUUUUUUAAAGAAAGUAAGCAAUUAUGGGUUAGCUGCAAUAUGACUAUAAAGUAAUUCUUCUGUAAAUAUCAAAGAUUAUUUUAUAAGAAUAUUUGCCAUAAUAUCAUAUGUCAUAAUAAAUGUUUCAUUGUUUGAUAUUUUUAAAAUUCUACACAUGGAAAAGGCUACAGCAGUUUCAUCUUUGUUAAUUCAUAUUUGCGUCAUAAUAUUCAGGAUAAAAGAGGAUUACAGCCCAUAUUAAAAUGCAGUAAUAUCGUUCUAAUUUAGCUGAACCAGAAGCAACAUGGGAGGAAAGGAAGUUUUCAGGGACACACCGUAAACGCAGAAGUGAAACACUGACACACAUGUACACAAACACACACACACUCAAACACACACACACUCACACACACGAGUAAUUUGGACCUGUUUCAGCAGACAUCGUCCAUUGCCGUGCUGAGCCCAGUACAGUUCCAGUAAGAACAUCUAAGUACAGAAGCGGGAAAGAAGACUUGUUCUUUCUGCUGAUAGCUUUUUUCCAAGUAUUUGUGCUGAACAUUUUGGUGUGUGUACAUGCCCUGAGAGUCAUUGAGUUUUUAGUCUUAAGUAUGCAUCUGUGAAUUUUUUAUUCUGUUGAGAUAACUCAAUGAUACUUUUCAAAGAGAAUGGUAGUAUUGAUGAAGCAGACGAUGCUGUGAUUUCAUUAUGGAAAUUUCUAAACAUGCUUCUGGAGCCUGAACUUUCAUUCUUCACAAUGUUAGUCUAAGAUCCCUGGUGAACUCAGUGACAAGACAGGAGACUGGUUUGAGACAAGGAGAUUAAAAAAAAAAAAAAAGCUCCAGAGCGAGAAAAAGGUGAACAUUACAGUUUUAAAUCAGUAUGCGUAGAACUCUUGUUUGGAGUUCUGAGAAGUAACUCAGUUUAAAAUUUCUUUAAUUAUCUCCAUCGGUGUCCAGGCUGGUCCCUGGUGACCUCAGGAGUAAAAAGUCCUCACUGGUUGGCCUCCGGGAUCCCCUAGAGUGCUUCUAUAAAUUCUACCAUGAUUACUCCUUACAGAAUGAUGCUCCCAUGUCUUAAAGUGCUGAAUGUGUCUCCUUAAAUACCAGUCUUAUUACUGGAGAGUGCUAUAGGCCUUGGGGAAGUAUAGUUAUAAUCUCACAAUUAUAUGAUGUUAAUAAAAGUAUUUAAAAGGGAAA